AUGGCGCUGGACCUACAGCCGCCCGACGGUCGCAAACGGGUCAAGGUCUACGAACUGAGGGAUAAUGACUGGUUCGAUCGUGGUACUGGCUUCUGUACGGGUCAAAUGGUUGGGGAGGAGCAUCGAAUAUUCGUCGAAUCAGAAGAUCAACCCAAUCGCGUUUUAUUAGAGACGCGCAUCACGAAGGAUGAUGGCUAUCAAAAACAGCAAGAAACUUUGAUUGUCUGGACGGAACAGAAUGGAACAGAUAUGGCGCUUAGUUUUCAAGAGGCUGAGGGAUGUGCAGUGAUUUGGGAAUUUGUGAAUUCUGUUCAGCAACAUCUGAAUUUGAAUGCAGCCGAUGACGCUCUUUCCGACGAUCUCGAAAGCUAUCAAACAAUCGCACUACCCCCGCCUGAACUGAGGAAUCUCCCCGACAUCGAACAGAUGGUACGCGCGGCUAGUAUGACACAGGCAGGUCGCGAUGCCCUGUCCAAGUUCAUCAUUCGAGAUGAAUACAUCAGCAAGCUGGUUCCUCUCGUGGAAACAGCAGAGGAUCUGGAAAGCUUGGCAGAUCUGCACCGACUGUGCAAUAUCAUGAAAUCCCUCAUCUUGUUGAAUGACAACACAAUCAUCGAAACUGUCGUGGCAGAUCAGGUCAUCCUGGGUGUGGUUGGAGCUUUGGAAUAUGACCCUGAAUUUCCCACCCACAAGGCGAACCACCGGCAAUACCUCGCAGAUCAGUCUCGCUACAAAGAAGUGGUCCCCAUCAAGGACCCGAUUAUCCGCAGGAAGAUCCGGAGCACCUGGCGUCUGCAAUAUCUGAAGGAUGUGGUUCUCGCCCGGAUUCUGGAUGACCCAACAUUCUCCGUACUUAACUCCCUGAUCUUCUUCAACCAGAUGGAAAUUGUGAAUCACAUCCAAACCAAUGCGCCUUUCCUCCGGGAGCUCUUUCAUCUCUUUGAUGGAAGAAACACCGAUAUCAGGCGCAAGGAUGAUGCGGUGCAAUUUUUGCACCAAUGUGCAGCCAUUGCGAAGAAUCUCCAGGCACCAUCGCGAGCCCAACUGUUCGCCAACUUCAUUGGCCAUGGCCUAUUUGCAGUGAUUGCUUUUGCAGUUAAGCACCCAAAUCCUGCUAUGCGCACAACCGGCAUUGAUAUCCUUGUCGCAUUAUUGGAUCAUGAUCCAGUGAUGAUGCGUGGAUACAUGCUCAAGGCUGUCAAUGAAAAGAAAACACCCCUCACAGAUACCCUGAUCGACCUGCUUCAUACCGAGACUGACCUCGGAGUUAAAAACCAACUAGCUGAUGCUAUUAAGAUCCUGCUUGACCCCCAGAUACCCCUGCAGGACCCGCUUGCCCGGGCUGGACCCGAUUACUUUAAAGUCCGUUCUGCCAACAUUCUCAAUGAUGCAUUUGUUCAGCAGCAUUUCGAUGAUUCUUCUAAGCGACUCUUCCAGCCGCUUAGGCAUCUUGCUAAUCGCGCUUCUCUUAAUGACUUGACGUUCCAAGAAGUCACGCUCUAUUCACAUCUUGUUGAUAUUCUAACCUUCUUCGUCCGCCAACAUCUUUUCCGCACGCGCAAUGCGAUCCACAGCGAAUCACUUGCGCCUCGCGUUGCUCAACUUCUGACUGCCCAUCAAAAACCCUUGAAGCUCGUUGCUCUAAAAUUCUUCCGCACCUUGAUCAGUCUCCAAGACACCUUCUACCAAGCUUUAAUGACACAUAACAAUACUUUCGGCCUCAUUCUCGAUAUCGUCUACGAGACAAUGCCUCGCGACAAUCUGCUCAAUUCAGCCUGUCUUGAGCUGUUUGAGUUUAUCAAGAGAGAGAAUGUGAAGCCAUUCAUUCUCCAUGUUGUGGAAAAGUACCGAGAGAAGCUCGAGAAUAUCACUUAUGUCGAUACAUUCCAGAACUUGAUUCUGCGCUACGAGCAAAUGCAAGGAUAUGGAGCCGAGGCGGAACCAUUGUUUAGUAACGAAGAUGACAGCGCGCCGCGCAGAAUGCCACUCAAUGGUCAACGUUGGCAAGGAGUCAAGGAGAUGGAUGCUGCGGAAGAGGACUACUUUGGCACGUCCGACGACGAAGAUGAUCACAUCCAACGGCUCUACCCCGCGGACAAGCCGCUGGUUGAUUAUCCCGAUGACGAUGACGAGGAUGAAGAUGCGAUGGAUACCAAACCCGAAGCUCUCUCAACGCAACCACCACAGGCGGAGUCGACAACCGCGGAUGAUGCUCCAGUUGAAACAGGCUCAGAGACUGGCUCAACACCAAGCUCACCUGCUCAGACACCGCCACCUGAGCGAUUGGCUGAGAAGCGUCGGCGCGAGGAAGAAGACGAGGACGAGUUAUUGAAGCUUACCACAGGACCCAAACGCCGAAGCUCAACAAGUAGCAAUUCUGGUGCGGGAUUCUUGAAUCGGAAGAAAUCCUUGUCGAUUGGCCCGAUAGGCACAGGCGAGAAAGGAACAGGAAUUUUGGGAGGUACAGCGCCGAAAAGAAUUGCUAUCAACUUAAGCCCGACGACAAGGUCUCCCGUUUCAGAGGCUGACAAGUCAUCCACAACAGAUGCUCCAGGAGAGACCAAUGAAAAUGAGAAACCCGAUGAUAGUCAAGGCGACGGAGGUGGUUGA